AAUAAACCCUAUAUAUAUAAUGUAUUCAUGCUGAUAUAUUUUCCUUGUUCUGCCAUUCUCGAAAUCCAAAUUAUUUCUCUAUUUUCUCAUAGCAAAAUCAAAAGCAAUGGCAGUUGAAGCUCGGCAUAUGAAUAUUUUCCCUCAGUUAAUCAUCAAUAGCAGAGAUUUCAUUAAAACAAGUCAAGGGAUGGGAAAUCUAUACAAUACCCAGAUGGAUUCUUGUGUUCCUCUGGCUGAAUCGAUGCAACCAUUGUAUCAAUCCCUUGUUUUUGAUCCAAAAUUCUCAGCCAAAACUUCAAUCAACAAAGCCGACAGUGGUCUGUCUUACAACAUGAAUAUCCCAGUUUCAGCUCCAAGAAAAAGGUCUAGAGAUUCACUCACCAGUGACUUUAAUUCCUACUCCGUCCCUUCAAUGAACAUGCUUCUCGAUAACGAUGCCUUCUCCCAGAUCCAACAACAAGAAGAAGAUAUUGAUCGUUUCAUUUCUGAUCAUACGGAAAAGGUGAGGUUGGAGGUUGAAGAGAGGAGAAAGCGGCAAUCAAGAAUGUUGAUUACUGCAAUCCAAGAAAGGGCGAGGAAGAAACUGAAGGAGAAAGACGAAGAGAUGCAAAGAAUCGGGAAACUAAACUGGCUUCUUCAAGAAAGGGUUAAAAGUCUAUACGUGGAGAACCAACUGUGGCGAGACUUGGCGCAAACGAACGAGGCGACGGCCAAUUCCCUACGCACCAAUCUAGAACAAGUCAUGGCACAUGUCGGCGGCGAGGGAGAUGCCGCCGCGUUGGAAGAGGAUGCGGAGUCUAGCUGUGGGAGCAGCGGCGAAGGGUGGCGCAAGGUGGUGGUGCCGCCGCAAGGGAGGAGGUGCCGGAAGUGUGGGGAGAGAGAGUCGAGUGUACUGUUGCUGCCAUGCAGACAUCUAUGUUUAUGUACAAUGUGUGGGUCCAGCAUGGUCGACACUUGCCCAGUUUGUCUUUCUGUUACCAAUGCCAGCGUUCAUGUUAACAUGUCCGGAUGAACUCUCUCUUUCUUUCAAGCUGAAACAAAGAAAAUGCAAAUAUCUUUUCAGA